UCUGCAAAAUAUCCCAGUCUUCACCACAUACUCGCAGUCGAUAGCACCACCUUGAAAAUCGAUAUCAAACAAAAACCUCGUGCAGGGAUAAAUGCUUCAACAUUCUACGCCUACGCCGAUAUGUACGCCAUGGCAAUACCCACUUAUCACAUACGACUCAUCUCAAAAGCCUUUCCUUGGUCGAUUGAGAUAAAAUCGACCACGCCAAUUACUUGCGCAGCAGUUUGGGAUGCACUGCAUUCAGCGCUGCAGGAGAAUAUAGCGGAUUCUGAAUGGGGGAUGCUUGCUGGUGAGAAGAAAUUGAGAGAGACCAUUGAGAAGGCGGCGAAGAAGCGAGGGCAGUCAGAUGCGGAUAAGGCGCUGAAGAGGAUAGAUUGGUUGGGAGAUGCGACGAUUUUUAGGGGGCUGGAGAAAGUGGAGGAUUUCCAGAAGAUUCGAUUACUGCCUGGAUCGGAUCCUGUUGCAGAGACAUGGGUGGUGAAGAUGAGC